UCCUGUUAACCAGCACAAGAAUAAUUUUCUGAUUGCCUUAUCGAGCCUUACGAUUGUUAAGGCAGCUUAACAGCAGAAAAUUGCCAUGACAACUGAGUGUGAACAGCCCAGCGAAGGAAUCGAUGGCAGGGCAUACUACGCUGCAAUACGUUUUGGAACAAAAAUUGAGAUUUCCCAACUUAAAGAAACUCUCAAUAGUGUUACACCCGGAAGCAGAAAUACUCUUCUUCAUUUGGCUGCUAGUGUAGGAAAUCUAGUAAUCGUUCAAGAGCUCCUGCAACUCAAUCCUCUGCUUGUCAAGGCCACCAAUGCCCAAGGAAAUACUGCAUUGCACUUGGCUGCUCAUGGGGGUUUCUGUAGUGUUGUGCAGGUUCUACUCCAACAACAAAAAAGUGGUGUGGAUAUCUGUAACAAGCAUAAUGAGACGGCUCUUUUCAAAGCUUGUGAAAGUGGUAAUUUAGCCACAGUGAAGGAGCUGUUGAAAGCACAUCCGCCAAGUCUACGCCAAACAACAGUGGAUGGGCGAACCUGUUUAUAUGUUGCAAUAAUCAAAGGAAAUUUGGAUCUAGUGAAUGAGAUCUUAAAGUCACAAGAUGCAAAAUAUUUAAUAAAAAUGAAGUAUGAACAUGACGAUACGGCCUUGCAUGUAGCUGCUCGGAUACACUAUGUGCACAUAAUGAGAAAGUUAAUACAGUCUGAGCCCCGACUGUGUUAUUGGGUUAAUGGCAACCAAGAAACUCCCAUUUUUGUGGCAGCGAAAUUGGGGCAUCUGGAAGCAGUAAAAGAGUUGAUAAAGGAGAGGCCAGACGCUGUCGAAAUACCAAGUAGGUGUGGAAUGAACGUUCUACACAUAGCUGCCCAAGUUAGCCAAGUGAGAAUUAUUGAUUACUUGAAUCAAAAGGUAGGUUUGUCAGACUUGGUCAACAAGGGACUUGAGAAGCCUCCAGAGGAAAAGUCCCUGCAAGGUGGAGAAAACCCAGGUCCGGCUACAAAAUUAGAUCAUUUUUCACAGAUAAGUGAAGGAGAUACACCUCUGCAUAUUGCAGUCAGGAACAAAAAGCUACCUAUGGUGAAGUCGCUUCUCAACGUACAGGGUAUAAACAAGGACGCAGUUAACAAGGAAGGCUUAACGGCGCUGGACAUUGCAAGAGAAAAAACAGAAUACCACGAAUCUCACAAGAUAAUUGAAAUGCUGUGUAAUUGUCCUCCCAAGUGCAGGCCUUUCUUGUACAGCGCUCCCAAGGUCGCCGAAGAGAAACGCCAGGUUGCCAUUGAUAUGGUGAACAAAACAUUUGACGCGAGGCGCAACACAGAAUUAGUGGUAGCAGUGUUGUUAGCCACAAUGUCAUUUACAGCUGUCUUCACCAUUCCAGACGGUUUCAGAACUGAUAUAGAGGAAGAAGAAAGGCACAAGUUUGGCUCCCGCUUUCUCAUUAGAUCUCUUUCAUUUAAUAUGUUUAUAAUUUUUAAUUGUGUGGCCUUCUUUCUGUCGUUAUUUGUGGUGCUGGCAUGGCAUAUUACUACGCCUCUUACAACAGAACAUAAGUUGUCCUUCUUAGCUAUCACCAAUCUCAUGGUUUGUGCCACCGCUGCUUUUACAACGUAUGGUUUCAUGGCUGCAUUGUACACAAUACUUGAGCACAAUACACUGGCUUGGCUUGUGCUUGGGACGUGCAUGAUCAUCUGCCUCUGUGGCGCUUUGGGUCUCUUCAAAUUGGCUACACAGUAUUUGGUGAAAAUGGAAAGAGUGAGGCGCCUGUGUGGUGUGAAUCUUUUCCUCUUUGACCGUCUGGUGGAGUCUGUCUGGAUGAAACUAGAAAGUUGGGGUUAUUUUGAUAUGGUACCCAGGUACAUAAGGAAGUGCCAUGUUAUUAUACACUCCAAGUGCACUAGUAAGUGUAAGGCUAUGCCUAAGAGUGAGUCUGUUGAAAACGUGUAGGUACAAAUUCAAAAUCAUGUUAUUGUUGUAAAUAAGAUCUUUUUGAUGUAUGGAGUAAACUGGAUAUCAAAAGUCUAUACUUCUUUAUUAACAGUUUAGUGGUUGGAUAUUGUUGAUGUAUGUAAUAA